UCUUCAUCCUGAAAUAAUGAACGAUUUACCACAGUCUUAUAUUGAUUUAAUGGAAAAAUGUUGGAAUGCAAAUUCAUUAAACAGACCAAGUGCUGAAGAUAUUGCAGAAACUGCUCAUAGACUACUAAGUUCUUUAGUCGACACUGCUCUCCAGAUGAAAUUAAAUUAUAAUACUCUUACAA